AUGGGACAGAAGCUCUCAGGGAGCCUCAAGUCCGUGGAGGUGCGCGAACCAGCUCUGAGGCCGGCCAAGCGGGAACUGCUUGGGGCAGAGCCUGGGCGACCGGCGCGGCUGGACCAGCUGUUGGACAUGCCAGCGGUGGGGCUGGCUGUGCAGCUGCGGCAUGCGUGGAACCCGGAAGACCGCUCGCUCAAUGUCUUCGUCAAGGAUGACGACCGGCUCACUUUUCACCGGCACCCGGUGGCCCAGAGCACUGACGGCAUCCGCGGCAAGGUGGGCCACGCCCGUGGCCUGCAUGCCUGGCAGAUCAACUGGCCAGCUCGCCAGCGUGGCACUCAUGCUGUAGUUGGUGUGGCCACAGCGCGUGCACCCCUGCACUCAGUGGGCUACACAGCACUGGUGGGCAGCGAUGCUGAGUCGUGGGGCUGGGACCUGGGCCGCAGCCGCCUCUACCAUGACGGCAAGAACCGGCCCGGCGUGGCCUACCCCGCCUUCCUGGGACCCGAUGAGGCCUUCGCCCUGCCAGACUCGCUGCUUGUUGUACUGGACAUGGAUGAGGGCACGCUCAGCUUCGUAGUAGAUGGCCAGUACUUGGGUGUGGCCUUCCGUGGGCUCAAGGGCAAGAAGCUGUAUCCAGUGGUGAGUGCCGUGUGGGGCCACUGCGAAGUCACCAUGCGCUACAUCAACGGCCUUGACCCGGAGCCUCUGCCGCUUAUGGACCUGUGCCGAAGAUCCAUCCGCUCCGCCCUGGGCCGCCAGCGCCUGCAGGACAUUGGCUCCCUGCCCCUGCCUCAGUCUCUCAAAAACUACCUGCAGUACCAGUGA